AUGGCCUUGCUGCUUGCAGACUUCGGAGCUGGGGGCAGGCCAGAACAGGAAGAAGUGGCCCUGGACCAGGAGGAGCUGAAGGAGAAGUUGACAGAGUAUGUGGACAAGGUGAACGGCCAGAAGCCAGGCUUCAUCAAGGUCGUGCGGCACAGCAAGCAGGAAGGCCUCAUCCGCUCCAGGGUCAGCGGCUGGAGGGCCGCCACUGCCCCUGUAGUGGCGCUCUUUGAUGCCCACGUGGAAUUCAAUGUGGGCUGGGCUGAACCCGUGCUCACCCGCAUUAAGGAGAACCGGAAACGGAUCAUCUCCCCAUCCUUUGACAACAUCAAAUACGACAACUUUGAGAUAGAAGAGUACCCACUGGCGGCCCAGGGCUUUGACUGGGAGCUGUGGUGCCGCUACCUCAACCCCCCCAAGGCCUGGUGGAAGCUGGAGAACUCCACGGCCCCGAUCAGGAGCCCUGCCCUCAUUGGCUGCUUCAUUGUGGACCGGCAGUACUUCCAGGAGAUUGGCUUGCUGGACGAAGGCAUGGAGGUCUACGGAGGGGAAAAUGUCGAGCUCGGGAUCAGGGUGUGGCAGUGUGGCGGGAGCGUGGAGGUCCUGCCCUGCUCGCGGAUUGCCCACAUCGAGCGAGCCCACAAGCCCUACACCGAGGACCUCACCGCCCAUGUCCGCAGGAACGCCCUCAGGGUGGCUGAAGUCUGGAUGGACGAAUUUAAAAGCCACGUGUACAUGGCAUGGAACAUACCCCAAGAGGACUCAGGAAUUGACAUUGGGGACAUCACUGCAAGGAAAGCUCUGAGAAAACAGCUGCAGUGCAAGACCUUCCGGUGGUACCUGGUCAGCGUGUACCCAGAAAUGAGGAUGUACUCGGACAUCAUUGCCUACGGGGUGUUGCAGAACUCCCUGAAGACCGAUUUGUGUCUUGAUCAGGGCCCAGAGACAGAGAAUGUUCCUAUUGUGUACAUCUGCCAUGGGAUGACGCCCCAGAACGUGUACUACACGAGCAGCCAGCAGAUCCAUGUGGGCAUCCUGAGCCCCACGGUGGACGACGACGACAACCGCUGCCUGGUGGAUGUCAACAGCCGGCCGCGGCUCGUCGAGUGCAGCUAUGCCAAAGCCAAGAGGAUGAAGCUCCACUGGCAGUUCUCUCAGGGAGGCCCCAUCCAGAACCGCAAGUCCAAGCGCUGUCUGGAGCUGCAGGAGAACAACGAAGCGGAGUUCGGCUUCCAGCUGGUGCUGCAGAGGUGCUCGGGCCAGCACUGGAGCAUCACCAACGUCCUGAGGAGCCUGGCAUCCUGACCCCGCCGGGAGCCGCCCCCACGCCCCGCCCCUUUGCUACUGUGUAGCACCUGCUGCAAGCUGCCUGCUGUCCGUGUGGGGUGUUUGGAGUCUGGGGAACCAGGUUGGUGGGCCCCCAAAAGAGCUUUGUAUUUCCUAUUCAAUUUUCAUGGAGUUUAUAGAAAGAUGCCGAACGGUGGGUGAGGGUAUAAUAUCAUAAACUAUUUUGCAACUGUAAAUAGGGGACACGUGGAAAAUAUUUAUAACUGACAAUAAAAUACCAUUGAUUAAGAAAAGGG